AUGUCAACUCCCGCUAAUAACCAAAUUUCAGUGAAGUUGGUGCUUUUAGGAGAAGCAGCUGUGGGCAAAUCGUCUCUAGUUCUCCGAUUUGUUUCGAAUGACUUUGAAGAGAACAAGGAGCCAACGAUCGGCGCUGCUUUUCUAACGCAAAGAUGCACAAUAGGUGAUAAAAAUAUCAAAUUCGAGAUUUGGGACACUGCUGGACAAGAGAGAUUUGCCAACUUAACUCCAUUAUACUACAGAAAUGCACAGGCUGCUUUGGUUGUGUACGAUAUAACAAAGCCUGCCAGCUUCAUAAAGGCUCGUCAUUGGGUCAAAGAAUUGCAUGAACAGGCCGCUAAGAAUAUUAUUAUAGCUUUGGUCGGUAACAAAUACGACCUUACGUUAGAUUCUGAGUCCGGAGAGGAGAUCGAAGGUGCCAGAAAGGUUUCCAGAGACGAAGGACAAGACUUGGCCAAUGAGGAGAACCUACUUUUUUUCGAGACCAGUGCUAAGACAGCAUUUAGCGUCAACGAUGUUUUUACAACCAUUGGAGAAAAGAUUCCUGACGCUGUUGCAAAGAAAGGCAGCUCACGUGCCGAGAGUAAUAGGAUCGACUUGAGUGCUCCCGCCCAAACCGAUAUAAAGGAAAGUUCAUGUUCUUGCUAA